UCCGUCGCGCUUUGGGGGCGGUGUCAAGAUGGAGGCUUCUCGGGCCAGGGAGCAGCUCCGGCGGCGAUUCCUGCUGCCGCCGGACGUCGCGGUCCCGCUGGACGGGGAGGAGAACGUCGGGCUGGAAACUUCUACAGCUGUUGAGAAAAAGGAGAAACCUCUUCCAAGACUUAAUAUUCAUUCUGGAUUCUGGAUUUUGGCAUCCAUAGCUGUGACCUAUUAUGUUGAUUUCUUUAAAACUCUUAAGGAAAACUUUCACACUAGCAGCUGGUUUCUCUUUGGUGGUGCCUUGUUGCUUGUCAGUUUAUCAGUUGCAUUUUACUGCAUAGUCUAUCUGGAAUGGUGUCAUGGAAUUGAAGAAUAUGAUGUUAAGUAUCCAGCAUUGGUCCCCAUUACUACUGCUACUUUUAUUGCAGCAGGAAUUUGCUUCAACAUUGCUUUAUGGCAUGUAUGGUCAUUUUUCACUCCACUGUUGUUGUUUACCCAGUUUAUGGGAGUUGUAAUGUUUAUCUCACUCCUUGGAUGAUUUUUGAAGAGAUAGGGUCUUGUUAUAUUGCCUAGGCUGGCCUAGAACUCCUGGGCUCAAGGAAUCCUCCUGCCUCAACCACCCAAAUGAAUUCCAGGCAUGCACCACCACACCCAGCUAGAUAUGGAAGUUUAAAGUGAAUGAUUAAACAUCCAGCGACCUGAAAGCAUCGCAAACAGCAGAAAAGUUACACUGUGUUUUUUCAUCUGCCAAGUGUGUAGUUCCUGGGAAAAAUGGUGACUUUGUAUAUCUGUUGUUGAAGUUGAAAUAAAUUACAUUUCAUUUGCAUGUUCUUAAA